AUUAAUGACGGUCCGUGCCCGCACGUUGCAGGAAGGUUAUGACGUACCUCAUUAAUAUUCAUAGACACCGCCUUCGCCAUAGUAUGAUUGGUCAGUUCCUCGCUGCUUUGCGGAUUCAGCGUUGUCUGCUGAGGAACCGGGCGGGAUUUCCGCAAUACAUUCAGUAUGGCGAAGACCUACGAUUACUUGUUUAAACUGCUGUUAAUCGGGGAUUCUGGCGUCGGGAAGACCUGUGUGCUGUUCAGAUUCUCGGAGGAUGCCUUUAACUCGACGUUUAUCUCGACGAUAGGUAUCGAUUUCAAGAUCAGGACAAUAGAACUAGAUGGCAAGAAGAUAAAGUUACAGAUUUGGGACACGGCAGGACAGGAGCGAUUCCGAACGAUCACAACGGCGUAUUACAGAGGUGCAAUGGGUAUCAUGCUGGUUUAUGAUAUUACCAAUGAGAAAUCAUUUGACAACAUCAAAAACUGGAUUCGAAACAUAGAGGAGCAUGCAUCAGCGGACGUAGAAAAAAUGAUUUUGGGCAACAAAUGUGACAUUAAUGAGAAGAGGCAGGUGUCAAAAGACAGAGGCGAGAAUCUGGCGUUAGAGUACAGCAUCAAGUUCAUGGAGACGAGUGCGAAGGCAAAUAUCAACGUUGAGAACGCGUUCUUAACACUCGCCAGAGACAUAAAAGCAAAGAUGGACACGAAAUUGGAGGGGAACAAUCCUCAGGGCAGCAACCAUGGAGUGAAAAUAACCACUGAACAGCAGAAAAAGAGCAGCUUCUUCCGCUGUGUGCUACUGUGAAGACCAAGGCCUUACUGUCAGCCACGACUGGACUAUGUUCUCCUUCUUAGCACUCGUCCUCCUUCCUCUUUAUCCCAUCUCUUCUCUUCUUCCAGCCCAAGGGCAGUCGGAGUUCCAUGCUCCUCUUAGCUUCUUCCAUUAACAGAUUAGCGACGCUGCUUCCUCUCGCUACGACACUUCUUCCUCUCGCUACGAAACUUCCCUGAUGAAACCGUGUAAGGAAUGCAUUGGUUCUGCAAGUCAAGGUGAAGAGCUGGGUGCUGCAACAUCAUCACAGUAGCUCCAUGCACCUAAAGGAGAUCCCGUAUCUUUGUUUCAGUCGCUCGUUUUGAGCACGCAACUGCCAAAAUCCAUCCAUUCCGUCACCACAGAGCGUGCUCUGAUAUUGAGCCAGCUUGAGAGAUACAUGGGACUUUAUUUCUUUAUCAUUCCAUUUCAUGCAUUCUUCGACAAUCACAUGACCUUAUUGUUAGUAGAGGAAUAUUAUAACUCGCCUCUUAGAUGCUUUCUUUCAUUUUUUAAAAAGUAAACAUUUAGCUUUUUUGUCCCCAGUUUUAUUUUCCACAAAAGUGUUGCAUUCACAAACUUAGUGCAGUCAAGGUUUCAUAUUAAACGAAUUAAGAUCCUGCUUUUUAUACACUGAGACAUGUUUACUACCACCUUGUUAAAACUAACCUCCCUUUUUUUUUAAAAUGCACAUGAAGCUAUUUCCAAAUGCAGUGUUGCGAGCUUUCCAUUUUACAUUCCUUCGAAUAAAUGCAAACCUCCGGUCUUGCUUUAUUACGACCUGAAAAUGCCACAACAUGAAAGCGUUCUUUAAUUAAAAUGAAAUGUAGUCCUAGAUAGGAUGUGUAAAUGCUGAGUUUGUAGUGUUUUGACAAGUAUGCGUAACCAAAAGCAAUGAGUAAGGGUGACUAUGUAACCAGAAAAGCAGAGCUAUACUUAAGAAAGCACCUCGCGUAUACAGAAGCCCAUGCACUUUAUCAGUAUCUUUUGUGUUGUGUGUAGUUUGUGCCAAGUGAUAGUUGUGCAUCAUAAAGAAAUGGAUUAUGACCUGCCGAGUUUUGAGGUUAAGGUGUUUUCAUUCUCCCAAGGAACAUUUCUACAAGUCUUGAAUGAUCAGUUCUCCUGAUAGAGGCUAAAGCUAGUUCUGUGCAUUGGCUGCUGUUGGAACUGUUUGAAUAAAUUAGUUUGUGUAUCAUCUGAAUCACAGUCCUACAGCAUGUCAGUCUUAUUAGUUUGGGUUGCACAGAUUUGGUUCAUAUAACUAGGCUUAACUACCAAGAACACAGUAAUCAACCAUUCUUGAGUUCUGAAUAAAAUCAUAAGCACAUGCUUCUAAUUAACACAAAAAAUGCAAUGCUUGGGAGUUGUUGGAGUUGGAUAUGUUUUCUCUCCAGCUGAUCAGAGGAGUCAAAGCCGCUUGACACAAAAGACUCUUAUUUUGAAAAGUUGUGUAGCAUUGCUGUAAUACACAAAUGUAUGUUUUGUAUUCAUAUUGUAAAAUGAAACGUGUCAGUUGGUGCAUUUGUGUUCUCCAGCAAACUGAAUCACAAUCUUUUCCAACCCGUUCCCUUUGAGUGAAAACAAAUUCUCCAUUUAUAAGAAUACAAAAAAACGGUCAAGGACAUCUCCAGGUCAAAUUUCACCCUCAGACCUUAGUUAUCUUCACGACAAGCAUGUCUUACUUUUUAUAUACAUGUAUAAACACAAUAUAACAACUAUUUGCAUAUCAGGGCAGUAUGUAUUGUAGUAGCCUUUUUUUUUUUUUACAUAAUUUGGGAAGUUAUUUGUCAUAUUCCAUAUGUUUUUGGAGUGAAACGUGACUUGGAUGUGUGUUUAAGAGAAGCACAGUGUUAGACUAUUUUGUUCCUGGGAAGCGAGAAGAGAAUUUCAUGCACUUCUGCCGCAGUAUGGCGCAUCCUAAAAAUGUCCACUUUCCUUUUCUUUUUCCAAGCUUAAAUGAUGAGCUGCUUGAAACGACUUCCUGUUUGCACCUUGUUCUCUUUCCACCUCCAGGAGACGCUGUUUUGGGUUCAUAUUUUCAUUAGAAGUCGGCCCGUCUUCAUCUGUACCCAUGACAUCUCUCUUCUCUCGCUCUCCAAUAAUGCCGUUUGUCUUAAUAACUAAUACUUGAGCUUUCGUUUUGAAUCUAUGCAUCAUGAAGGUGAUACUGUUGACCUCUUGUGUGUUUAUUAUUUUCUGUACAUUGAAGCGUCGGUCUAGAUGUCUGUUCUGAGCUGUAGAGGACAUGUUAAACACAAUUUAAUCAUCAGACCGCUGGCAAAACAUUUUUAUUUGCAAACAAACCAAGUGGAAAAGAACAUUAGCAAACAGGUACCGCUUUCUGUCUGUCAUGUGGUGUUUGAGCAGUGAUGCGUACGUCUGUUUAGUUUAGUUUGUCGUCUUGUAUUUCUAGAUUUGACUGUCAUCCAUAUCAUUUACAGAUUCUUUUAUAUGACCGUGUUUUCAUUCGUCCAUUCUGAGGUAACUGGGGAGAUCUGUAAAUUACAUUUUGGUAUAAAAACAAAAAAAGAAGAAGAAACGAUUGUAAAUAACUCUAAAAAGAGAUCUACUUAAAUUGUACUGUACUUUCUAAAAACGUUGAAAAACUGAUCUACAGUUUUUGUAGAUAUCUGUACUUUUGAUUUAUUAAAAUAAGAUUCUUUUAAGAGA